CCUCUCGCCCCCCCUUCAGGAGCGGUUGUGCGAUCAGAUCGAUCUAAGAUGGCGACUGUGGAACCGGAAACCACCCCUACCACUAAUCCCCCACCUGCCGAAGAGGAGAAAACAGAAUCUAAUCAGGAGGUUGCUAACCCAGAGCACUAUAUUAAACACCCUCUACAGAACAGGUGGGCACUCUGGUUUUUUAAAAAUGAUAAAAGCAAAACUUGGCAAGCAAACCUUCGAUUGAUCUCUAAGUUUGAUACUGUUGAAGACUUUUGGGCUCUAUACAACCAUAUCCAGUUGUCUAGUAAUUUAAUGCCUGGCUGUGACUACUCACUUUUUAAGGAUGGUAUUGAGCCUAUGUGGGAAGAUGAGAAAAACAAACGGGGAGGACGAUGGCUAAUUACAUUGAACAAACAGCAGAGACGAAGUGACCUCGAUCGCUUUUGGCUAGAGACACUGCUGUGCCUUAUUGGAGAAUCUUUUGAUGACUACAGUGAUGAUGUGUGUGGGGCUGUUGUCAAUGUUAGAGCUAAAGGUGACAAGAUAGCAAUAUGGACUACUGAGUGUGAGAACAGAGACGCCGUCACACACAUAGGGAGGGUAUACAAGGAAAGGUUAGGACUUCCUCCGAAGAUAGUGAUUGGUUAUCAGUCCCACGCAGACACAGCUACAAAGAGCGGCUCCACCACUAAAAAUAGGUUUGUUGUUUAAGAAGACACCUUCUGAGUAUUCUCACAGGAGACUGCGUCACGCAAUCGAGAUUGGGAGCUGAACCAAAGCCUCAUCAGAGCAGAGUGGACUGCAUUGAAGCUGAUUCCAUCUAAAUGUUGCUAAGAUAUAAGAGAAGUCUCAUUCGCCUUUGUCUUGUACUUCUGUGUUCAUUCUUAUCCCCACUCCCACCCCAAUUUUUGCUAGUGUGUCCACUAUCCCAAUCAAAGAAUUACAGUAUACAUCACCCCAGAACCUGCAGGUGUGUUCCUGGCCCGCUCUGUAACAGCCGGUUAGAAUUACCAUGACACACACACAUGCCUUUCCACAGUAUUCGAAAAAGAACUUGCAUUUCUAUUACUUUAGCAGGAAAAGAUCUGUUUCUGUUCCACUCCACGCAGGAGCGAAUUUAGCUGCUGUGAGUCUGAGUAUGGCUUUCUAGCAACCUUCUGUUUCCUUUCACAGCAUUGUCCUUGCUGCCCUCUCGCUGAUGGCUGCUAGACUUUAAUUUAUUUGCUUCCCUCCUUGAUAACAUUAGUGAUUCUGAUUUCAGUUUUUCAUUUGUUUUGCUUUUGGUUUUUCCUCAUGUAACAUUGGUGAAGGAUCCAGGAAUAUGACAGAAAGGUGGAAUAAACAUUAAAUUUGUGCAUUCUUUGGUAAUUUUUUUGUUUUUUUGUAACUACAAAGCUUUGCUACAAAUUUAUGCAUUUCAUUCAAAUCAGUGAUCUAUGUCUGUGUGAUCCCUAAACAUAAUUGUGGACUAUAAAAAUGUAACACCAUAAUUACAUUCCUAACUAGAAUUAGUAUGUCUGCUUUUGUAUCUUUAUGCUGUACUUUAACACUUUGUAUUACUUAGGUUAUUUUGCUUUGGUUACAAUGGCUCAAGUAGAAAAGCGGUCCCAUUCAUAUUAAGACAGUGUACAAAACUGUAAAUAAAAUGUGUACAGUGAAUUGUCUUUUAGACAA